AAGAAACCCUUUCCGGGAGCCGGGGUGGUGAUUUCCGGCUUGCUGAAGAAAGUUGAGCAGGAGAGGUCUGCAGGUUCCUGGAUUCUGAAAAAUGGACGGUCAGGGAAGGAAAGUGGUGGUUUGUGACAAUGGAACCGGGUUUGUCAAGUGUGGCUAUGCUGGUUCCAACUUUCCGGAGCACAUCUUCCCCGCGCUGGUCGGCAGGCCCAUCAUCCGAUCGACCACCAAAGUGGGAAACAUCGAGAUCAAGAAUAACAAAAAGAUGGAUCUGAUGGUGGGCGACGAGGCCAGCGAGCUGCGCUCCAUGCUGGAGGUGAACUACCCCAUGGAGAACGGCAUCGUCCGGAACUGGGACGACAUGAAACACCUGUGGGACUACACCUUCGGUCCUGAAAAACUCAACAUCAACUCCCAGGACUGCAAGAUCCUCCUCACAGAGCCCCCAAUGAACCCCACCAAGAACAGGGAGAAGAUCAUUGAGGUCAUGUUUGAAACAUAUAAGUUCUCUGGGGUUUACAUUGCAAUCCAGGCUGUACUGACCCUGUACGCUCAAGGCUUGCUGACCGGGGUGGUGGUGGACUCGGGCGAUGGCGUGACCCAUAUCUGUCCUGUGUACGAGGGAUUCUCGCUGCCUCAUCUAACCAGGCGACUAGACAUUGCUGGAAGGGACAUCACUCGCUACCUCAUCAAGUUGCUUUUGCUGAGGGGUUACGCCUUUAACCAUUCGGCCGAUUUCGAGACGGUGCGCAUGAUGAAGGAGAAGCUGUGCUACGUGGGCUACAACAUCGAGCAGGAGCAGAAGCUGGCCUUGGAGACCACAGUGCUGGUGGAGUCCUACACGCUUCCCGACGGCAGGGUUAUCAAAGUAGGAGGAGAGAGAUUCGAGGCCCCAGAGGCCUUGUUCCAGCCUCACCUUAUCAACGUUGAAGGUGUCGGAGUGGCCGAGUUGCUCUUCAACACCAUCCAAGCUGCUGACAUCGACACCAGGGCCGAGUUCUACAAGCACAUCGUCCUGUCGGGCGGCUCCACCAUGUACCCCGGCCUGCCCUCUCGGCUGGAGAGGGAGCUCAAGCAGCUGUACCUGGAGCGCGUCCUGAAGGGGGACGUCGACAAGCUGUCGAAAUUCAAGAUCCGGAUUGAGGACCCCCCUCGCCGUAAACACAUGGUGUUCCUGGGUGGCGCUGUGCUUGCCGACAUCAUGAAAGACAAGGACAACUUCUGGCUGACCCGGGAGGAGUAUCAGGAGAAGGGCAUGCGCGUCUUGGAGAAGCUGGGAGUCACCGUUAGAUAAGCUCGGACAUUCUCACGCCACCACUUCCUCACGAGCUUUCGUCCGUCUUUUCCUUUUCUGCUACUUCCUUCAUUCUCGCUCAUCCAUCGACGGGGGGUUGUGCCCGGGAGGGAGUGGGGGGGGGGGUCAAAAUCUGAGUUUCCUGGCAAGGUUUUAUUUUCUGUCUUGUCGCCACCAACUUUGAGCAUUUAUAACUUUAUCAUUGCUCCAUAACAAACCCACAGCAGUGUCAGACCUAUCUUAUGCACUGCCUUUGCCAUCCAGACAUGCUGGUAACUCUUUUUCUUUGUAUUUUUUUUUUUUUGCAUUUAUAGCCACAGGCGUGCUUGCUUUGUCCUCAGCUAGCUCAGUGAGCUGAGUUUCAUUUAUCCCAAGGAUUUGCAGGGGAAAACACAAGCUACUUUCUUACAUCUCCCAACCUGCCUGCUGCAGCCAGUACUUUAGGAUUUGUUUGCUUAGUGGUUUCCUAAUAAGAUGGAAGUUGUUAGAAGGAGCGCCUACCCUUCUUUUAACGCGUCUUCUGCUUCUUUGUCUGAGAAUUGUGAGGCAUUAAAUUCAAAUUGAGACUGAUCAUUUUUUUUUGGCGGGGGGGUGUGCUUUCUUUCUAUUGGAUGUCUAAUUCUUCUUUACCUCUUUAUUUUUCGUACUCUUUUUGCAUUGCAGUUUCUCUUUGAGUAGAGAGCAAGAAUGUGUAGUCACGUAAUGUACGAUCAUCGCCAUUCACCACGGAGUUCCGGACUUCACCGUUUAGUUUUUUAAAAGGGACUGGGCUCCCUGACCUUAAUUCGUCACAUUUUUGGGGAGGGAGGGAGGGGGGUAACGUGUUUGUAAUAUUGAUAACAAAUCGGUGUCAUUAGACAUGGAAGCAUUGUAAAAGCUGGUAUUUAAGUUUGUUUGGCUCUCAUGUGUAUAUUGGAGGCACUUCAUAUUCAGUUUUGCAUAAACGUGUAUCCAGUGCAGUUACUGUAACUGGAUCUUUUUUUGUUCAUAGCAUAACUGCCUAAUGCCGAUUUAAAUAAAGCAAAGUGAUUUAUACAUAA